ACUCUAUCUGCUGCAGCCUCAGGCGCAUGUGUGUGGCGUCGUUAUGGUUCUGAUCGGAGCAGCGAUCAAGUCCGUCCUCAGAUAUCUCAGUAAGACCACAGGGGACGGGGACAGCAAGUGGUCUGUGCACUACACUACCCAGACGCCCCCACCGGGCCUGUUCUUCAUCCCUGGAAAAAGGCAGCGCAGUGCUGAUGACCUGCAAGCGUGUAACGGGCUGACUCAGCAUGGACCCGCCAGCUCUCACCGCCACCAGCCGAGCCCCGCCUCCUCUCCAUCCGCUUCUGGCCUCAACCAAUCAGAGGCCAGCACACAUAUAGGGUGGAAGAAUAAAAGCCAGAAUUUGUCAUCAGCCUCAUCAGGGGAAGAGGAGAGGUUUGUCUUGAACAACACACGACCUCUGACCCCACUUAUCCUGAACCCCAUAAACUUCACCUCCUGCUGGGAUGGUUUCGCCCCCGCUUAUGAGCCAGCAGUUGGUGCGGAGAUGGAGCCGACCUCCCGGCUUCCAACACCGGAGGAAAGGAUGAGGCAACAGGCUGAGACAGUGGGCACCAAUAUAGUCCCUAUCAAUGUAACAGGUGAGAGUUUUGAUCGGCAGGCCAAUUUUCGCAGAAUGGCUUCCAAUGCCGACUCGUUAUCCUGGCGACCUUGUAACCUAAGCCGCCACAAUAAAGUUACGGGGAUACCUGAUGGUGUCAGCCAGAAGCCAGACUCGCCUUUGGUUUCUUCAGUUCUUCCCGGCCAGUUCUCCACUGUGGAUCAACCUGUGUCAUCCUCCUGCACCUACGCCCACCAGCAAAACACCACAGAAGAAGAGGUGGAGGUGAAGGAUAGGGCAGAAAUCAGAAAGGAGGGGCAGACCACAGUGAGGAGGAUUCGAUCCCCAAAAGAAGGAGGGAUGGCCAGCCUCAUGGCCUCCCUCACCUCCUCUCCACGUUUCUGCUCGUCCUCUUUGGAGUCACAAGAUCUACAGGGUUUCCCCAGCGACUUCCAGCCCCUACUGCCCUUUGACCCCACUGCCAGAGUCACUCCCCUGUCUCCUUUCUCCUCCUCCUCUUUCUUGUCUUCCUCCCCUGUCACCUCCUCCCUCCCCGGCUCCCCCAGCUGUGUCCUCCGGUCAGAGUGGUCCUACCCCAAUGAUAAGUCUCUGAAUGAGGCUGCCCUGCAUCACACUUCCACCUCCUCGUCCCACUACCUCUCCUCUUCCUCGAUCACAGACUCAGAGUUUUGCAACCAGGUCCUGGAUGACCAAGCUGCCACCCAGCACAAUGCUCAGUGUUCAAACAGUGGUGGCUCUUACAGCUGCCAGCCCGGCUCUCCCAACUCCAGUGUUCACAGCAGCCAGACCAGGGGCGACUGGAGCAGCAUGACCCAAGAGACAAGGUGUGCUUCUGGUGAAGGUUGGAGCUGUGACCCCCUGCCGUCCUCCGGCCGAUCUUCCCCUGCCUCCACUGAUAGCAAUGUCGCACGUCCCCGCCUGAAGCGUACCACGCAGCAGACACCCACCUUGUCUCCUUACACCUUCCAUGACCCCUGGGUGCCCCAGAGCAACACCAAAACACACCAGAAUGGGUUUAACUGUGGAACAAUAGCAACGUUUGAACCCUUAAGCCCUGAUGGCCAGGCAGCAGCCCCCGGUGACUCUCCUUCCUCUGAGCACCUCUCCCUAAGCUCCAGCCACUCUCAUGCCCACGUCUCCACACCUGGAUCUCCAGGCUUAGAGGAGGAGGGCCCCUCCUCCCCUGGAGCCUUUUCUCUCCCCCUGACCUCCCCUUCUUCCUCUUCACACUCCCUUCCCUUGUCCCCUCCUGUCUCCUCCUUGCCCCAGACAAAGUCUCGGGGCAAAGGGAGGCCAAAGCCACCAGUACCAGAGAGGAAGUCGUCGCUCCUCUCCUCCCGCUCAUCCUCAUUCUCCUCCACCUCUUCCCUCUCCUCCUGCACCUCAUCAGAGCAUCCUCUUCUCCCUGCUCCUCCCCUUCCUCCUUCACCCCCGCCUCUUCUCCCAUCUUCAUCCCUCCCGACUCCUCCUCCUCUACCUCCCUCAUCUCGGCCUCCUCCUCCCCCUUACUCAUAUGCCAUCAGGCAGUCCUGUCAUCAUGCUCUGGAGUCCACCAUGUCAUCAUCAACUAACUUCCCUCCUCCCUCAUCAUCUCCUCUUCCUCCCCCUUCAGAACUCCCAGAAUCAUCACUCGCUGAACUUCCUCCCCCACUGCCACCUCCUACUCUUCCUCCCCUCUCCACAUCCUCUCCCACUCCCCCUCCAUCAACCCUUGGCAAGUGCCAAAAACACUGUGCUAAACUGGCAACACCCCCCCACCCUCUGGUCACUGCCCAGGCAUUACAGGGCGUCAAACUUCGCUCUGUCAAGAAGCAGGAAGGGCAGCUCACUAGCACUGGUCUAGUGACUGCUGCAUCUGCUGAUGCUACACUUAACAACCAAGCUGGCAUGCUGUCAGCUAGUGCUAACCAUGCUAACACUAGCCAUCAUCUGCCAAGCAAAGAAGCUUGUCCAGACUGUGCUGUGGCCAAUGCUAGGUUUGAUGGGAUGACCAGCACUGAUGGUAAACUAGCUGGACCUGGGUCACACAGUGCUGUCUCUAGUCUUAGUAGCAGUGAAGCUACAGGCUCUCAUGACCUAGCCAGAGCUGAUGCAAAGCAGCCUGGACUCAAAUUAGAUCAUGAUUCCUGUAACCUAACACAAACUAUGAUGAGGACACCAAACAAUGAGUCCACUCAUGCUAGCCUUCAGAGCCCACCAGAUAUUGUUCGUAACCCAGCUAAUCAAAGAAGCCCUGGGUCUCAGGGGGCCACUGAACAAGAGAGGAAAGAGAGAGCCAUGUAUGCUGUGCUGGCAAACAGUGGACAUUCCAGUCCUGGUAGUCACUGGGAGAAGACAUCUUACGGUACUGAUAAAAAUCACAUCAGCAAAAUCAUCAAACUUUCUUCCUCACAACAUCAACAGGCCCGUGAUACAGUGUUAACAGACACUGUGCCAACGGAGUCUGCAGAGAAACAGUGGAACACUGAGGAUGCUGGGCACAAAGAUACUUCAUACUGGACCCUGUCUGGAACAAACCGAGGGUCUCACAGAGAAAGCAAGAGAAUGCUGUCUGAGAGCAAAGAUGAAGUGGACACCGAUGACAAGAAUAGUUCAGAAAAGUGGAGUCACAGAGCAGCUGGUGGAGAUUCCACAGCAGACACUGAUGCAAAUCAGAGUAAUAGCAUCUUUAAGCCACGUGGCCAGGGGAAACUGCGCUCCCCAGAGAAGCCAGUCCCACCAAAGAAGCCUGAUCUGUGUAUCUUGGUGUCCCCCGAGGCCAGACGGGGACAAAUCACAGCACCACCUGCUCAUCCCGGCUGCACACCUUUGCACACACAACAUGCACCUUCACUAAAGCACUUGGCCUGCACCAGUGGAGAAACAACCACUCCUGACCAGUCACUGACCCACACAACUUCACCUCCACACUCAGUAAGCACACCUGUUGAUGUCACCACACACUCACCCAGCAGCUCCCCUAAGAUGCAGAAGCCACCAAAUUUACACAGUAAGACUGAUCUCUCAGUGACCUCACCCAGAACAACUACACCACGGUCUGCUCCCAAAAACCCAGGGGAGGAAGCCAGAGGCACCUCUGGGACCUAUGGCACUCUGGAGAGCACUGGUGCUUCACAGACUCAGAGCACUACAGGGACCCAGGGGACCUGUAGCACCUUAGGGAAGUCAGGAGCCAGCGGAGCUACCUCCACCCAAACUGGACGAACAGACUGGCAUCGUGCUGAGAUCCUGAGGACGAGUGCAGAUGAUGAGAGAAUAUUUCAAAAGAGAAUGAUGAGGUCAUCGCUGGCUGAAGAUGAAGAGGAAGAUGAGAAGGAAAGGGUGGAACAAAGAGGGAUGAAUACGACAGUGAUGAUGAUGUCGUCUUUCACAAAGAAGAAAGACAGGGCAAAGAAGAGGAGGAAGAGGAGGGUGGGCAGGCAGCUGCUAAUGAUGUCACCAAAAAUGGAGCUCUCCCCCUCUUCAUCAACAUCAUUGUCAUCAUCAUCCUCCUCCUCAUCUGGAGAUGAACGUGAUGUGGUGAAAGACAGAAUAAUGCCAACAGAGAAAGUGAGGAUGAUGACAGAAGUGUGUGAUGAAGAGUCAAGUGACUCUGAAAGCUCCUGCGCUCUGAACCAUCACAGCAGGAGCUCCCUCUGCAGCACAGUGUCCACUGGGAGCCUGCAGGGGAAGCUGUCGCUUCCUCACCGCCUUAUACAGGAAAACGAGGAAGAAAGGAGGGGUCAAGAGGCACAGGAGAGCAAAGCAGCUCCAGGCAGUAAGCUGGGUUCACUGCAAUCCAUCCUGCCAGAACAGGAAGCGUUGCCAAUCAGACAUGAUGUGUUCCUCGGUGUUUCAGCGGAUCAGAUGUUUGUUUCUGGUCAACCACGAACCACAGAGGACCUGUUCGCUGUCAUCCACAGGUCUAAAAAGAAAAUGCUGGGACGGAGGGCUUCAGAAGAAGACAGACAUUGCAUCAUGUCUUCCUCCUCUUCUUCCUCCUCCUCACUGCCGGUAGCCCCUGCUGACCCCUUGCCCCUCCUAACCAAGCCUGCAGCCCUCACAAGUCAAAGGUCAAUGAGAAGCGAGAGCUUCAAGGCUCUCCUGCUUAAGAAGGGCACUCGGUCCGAUGCAUCUUCUCGAAUCUCAGCCGUGGAGCGGCUCUGCAGAGUUUCUGCCUCUGCUUCCACUACUGUGUCGUCACUGCCACCCCCAGCAGACCAACCCCAGCAUACACCCACAGGUUUGUACCAGGACAUUGAUGCCCACCUGACACUGGAUGUACCACUGCCCCCCACGUCUCUGUGCACUCAGAACUUCCCUGUUACACUGAGGCAGAGGGAUCUAACACAGAAUCACCUCCUCUUCACCUCCUCCUCUCCUGUCUUCUUCCUCUCAUCCUCCUCCUCCAUGCGUCCUCGCUCCCUCACUCCUCCCUGCUUCACCAGCCGACGUUUUGCCGCUCGCUGCCAUCUCUAUGUCACCCCCAUGACCGCCAUCUCUGAGGGGGAAUGUGAGGAGGAACAAGAGGAAGACAAAGCUUUUGAGACUCCAGGAGCCGAAGGUGAAUUGAGCCCGAGAUUGGUUGAAAUUUCUUGAUGUAAAGAGGCAGCUCGGAUUAGGUCUAAAGCAGAAAUAAAACUGGCUUUGUGAUGCUUUGCCGCGACUCCACAUGAACAGCUGAACUGAACAACAGACCUCAUCAGGUUUCAGCUGUCAGCCAACAUGUUGCACUGCCUCAGCAAACUGGACUGGACUCCCCACCACCUGACAUAUUUAACUGAAUGUACCUUUCUGAUGAGGAACGUGUCUCUGGGAGCCACACUUACAGUAUAAACUACAGAAGCCUGGAGGGGACAUGUGUAGCGAAGCUUCAUGGAUUUUCUCCUGACAAAUCACAGUCUCAAGAAAACAAGCUCGAUGCAGUGACACCGCAACACCUCCAGUUAAUGUGCCUGCUUUUAGACAGUGGUCAUCAUGCUACUUAUUUGUCUGUUUUCCAAAUUGCAUGGACAUUAAACCUCAAAUGUUUGUCUUCUCUUUCUUCUACACAAGAAGCUGACUUGUGCUCUUCAGCUUGUUGUCUUGAGAUCUGAUUAAAUGAUAAUUGUAGUAUAACAAUAAUAAUGUCAAGCAGUUACAUUGUAAAGUUUUACUUAACUUUAUACCACAGUAAAAUUGUUUCUGCUCCGGGGGAGUAUCAAAAAACUUUUUUCUGAUUCUAAUGAUAACAAAUCAGAGUUUACUCAGUGAUGGGAGCUCGGUAGAUUGGGUUGGAUUAUGCCAGAGUAAAUAUUCCAGCCUCUCUGUGAAACUAACUUAUACUGCUCUUGUUUUAAAUGGAAGGGAGUUUCUUUUUUCAUGCAAACACAUCAACAGAUGUAACUGUGGGAGAAAGAGGAUGAGAUGGGUUCAGCUCUCCCCCAGUCUGAAAACACACCUCAGAUGAUCAUUGUAGUAACUUCCACCACUGUAAACAGCCGUGUCAUGACAAUGUUGAUUUAGCUCAAAUAUCACAAGGUGAGAAUUCUACUCUAGUAGGUUUUGUGGAGUCGCUCAUGUUGAUGAUCAUAAAGUCCCUGAUCUGCAGGAGUUUGUUCUGUUUCAGUGGUCGCCUGAGCAAAGUGAAAGCAGCUCGAUGGUGCAGGUCAUGUUGUACUGAGCUGAGCAACAGAACCGCCUGUUGAUGUGUUUAGUUUAAGUUUUGACCCAACACUAUUAUUAUGAGGCCCAUUUUUAUGUUAAUACCAGCAACACCAACACUGUUAUUUAUAAGAGAUGUGGUUUGUCAUUUAUUGUAAAUAACCCUGUUUCAUCUUUCUCUCUCUCCAUGUUUACUUGUUUCUACAACAGUUUUUCUCUAUGUUGCUUCCUUUCUUUUCUGUAGCAUUUUUCAGUUCCAGCCUCCACCAUAAUGGGCUGUGGAACCUCCGUUUCAACUCUUAGAUUUGUUCUUUGUUUCUCAAAGUAGGAAAUAGGAAGACAGCACUGCAGUCUGAGUUUCUACUGUGGAGCCUCUGAGAUUAGGAGCAUAAUAAUCUUCUUUGUGUGAAUGUAAGAGGUUCAGAUAUACCAUAUUAAUCGUAAAAUAAAUCUAAUAUAACUGGAAUAAAAGAGAAAGACACUGUGAGGAAAAGAAAUGGAAGUGGAAGUGAUGAACAGGAGGAAGUAGAAAACAAAGUAUAUUUGUAUGUGUGGAGAAACGGCAAAAUGCUCAAAGACGGGAAACAGAAAGUUAUGGAAAUGUAAAAAAGGAAAAUGUAAAGAGUGUGAACAAAAAAUGA